CGAAUAACAAAUUGGGUGAAAAUCCCUUUCCAUUUUUCUCUCCUCUUUCGGUCCUCUACACUCUACGCCCUCCAGACUCCAGUCCCCCACUGCCCGCAAAUGGACAUGGAUUCAACAAAAAAGCAAGAAAUUCAUCCUGAAACUGAAAUCAAAACUGGGAAAUUUGAAGAAGAACUAGAAGAAGAUGAUGACCCACCAACUUUAAGUCCCUACGCUUUAGAAGCUCUCCAACAAUUUAUAGCGUCGCAAUCAAUUUCAAAAACACAAGAGGAAAAAGAAGCAGACGAAAAUGAUGAAGAUGCAAUGCCCUUGUUGCCAGAAGAUUGGCGGAUGAGUCAGUUUUGGUACUCCCCUCAAACCGCCAUUACCGUCUCUUCUGAGGUUUCCUCUCUCCUCUCUCAAUUCACUUGUGACGGCUCUGAUGUUGCGCCCCCUUCCGUCGCUUGCAUUUCUUGCCCGACUUUAUUUAUUUAUCUUAAGAAAUUAUAUCCAACUAUGUCUGUGCAACUUCUGGAAUAUGACAAGCGUUUUGAGAAAUAUGGAAAUGAUUUUACAUUCUACGACUACAACCUACCAGAAGAUUUGCCACAGUCAAUGAAGCACACUUACCAGAUAGUUGUUGCAGAUCCUCCUUAUUUGAGUGAAGAAUGCUUGAAGAAAGUUGCACAAACAAUACCGUUUCUUGCUCAUCCUGGGAAAAAUUUCUUGCUCCUGCUCACUGGAGAGGUGCAAAAAGAUAGGGCUGCUAAGCUCUUGGGAUUGCGCCCUUGUGGUUUUCGGCCAGAGCACUCCAGCAAACUGGGAAAUGAGUUCCGACUUUAUACCAAUUAUAACCCCGGUGAAAGAUUAGGAGGCUGGGAGUUGGAAGAGUAGUUUUGUGUAGAUUCAUACAAUUAUACCCAUGUUCUACCAAUGCACUGUACUAUUAUUGGUUAAAAGAAAUUUUGUAGUUUUGUAUUAAUACUCAGUUUAGGCAUUAAACUCUCCCCUCCCUCCUGCAAGAAAAUGUAGGAACGUUAAGGAAUUUUGAUUUUACAGUUUGAAUUAUGUAACUGCUUGUGGAAA